GUUCUUAGAAACAUAAAUAUCAAAGUUUACUACUUAAUUCCCUUCUUCUAUUAUCAGUAGUUAUUUAAUGAUUACAUUUGCCAUCAUUUCAAUAUUUCUAAUACAGUCAUGUUAUUGUGGUUCAUCUAGGUCCUCACUACCAGAAUGUAAAAAGGAAAAGACUUUCAUUGGGAAAAUUUGGUCAGUAAUAGAAUCCUUUAUUAGCUUCAUUUGCUUUUUGAAUGGAAUCUGGAAUACGAUAAAUGAUUGGCAUGCCUUUUUUAAUAAUACUACUGCAGUCAGUGGUUAGAAGUGAGACUUCAAUAUUCGAACACAAUUUUGGUAUUAUUCAAUAAAAUUUUAAAACUUCAUUGUAUAGUCUUCACUUAACUACAUUAUUAUUCAUUAAAUUUGUGCACAUAUACAAGGUGACUAUUUUUCUUUCACAUUUUGUUCACAAAACUAUACUGAUAAUUACCAUUUGCUUACUAGUGACUAGCUUCGUCAGGGAAUUCUACGAGUUCUAGUGAGAAGCCGUAAUCAUUGGAGUUAUUCCGUGUCGGGUAGAUACAGGUCUCUAUCUCAGUACAAUGGAAGAUGGUCGCCCAAUUGGUUGAUGUUAGACAUGAACACCGUUGGGUGCCGGCUCAGUGGUGUAUAGGAUAAGCGUUCGCGUGAGAGACUGGAGGCCCUGAGUUCGAAUCCCGCGAGCCACAUCGUGCAUGCUACGAGAUCCACAGUCGGACGCAGCGGCCGUCCACUGCUUCAAGGUUUUUCAAUAGUGGUCGAACACCAUUCGGUUCAAGAUCUCAACCAAUAACAAAACUAAAUACUGUAUCUAAAAAAUAUGUGAGAUUUAUGAAGUGAACGAGACCUCAAGUGGGAAUUAGUGACUUUUUGUGAUGAACAAGAAUACAAGCGGGGACAAUCGAAUGUAUUUUAGCACAAUAUUACAGAAAAUUUUACUAAAACCUGAGAAUUAUACAGUAUAUACUUCAUUUGCAAAGUGUCAAUUAAUUGUUUCAAACUUAAUUGUUCCUUUGUUUCUAUAUCAAUCGCUUUGUGUUUCCAUUCUUUUCUUCUCGAACUACUCAAUCUUCUAUUCCUGACAAGCUUUAUAUGCUACUUAUAUCAA